AUGUCGAUUUUAUUCAAAUGUCCUUCUUAUUUAGACGCUGAGUAUGAUAGUGUGGGUAGAAGUGGAGGUGGAUUUGGAGCUGCCAAUGGCGGUGUGGGUAGAGGUGGAGGUGGAGGUAGAGGCGUAUUAGAACCAACCCCGACAACACCAGCUCCCCAUGGAAAUUUCAACUGUCCUUCUUUUUUUUUAGACCCUGAGUAUGAUAAUGUGGAUGGAGGUGGAGAUGGAGCUGCCAUUGGCGGUGCGGGUGUCGGUGACGGUGGAGACGUAUUAGAAGCAGCCCCGACAGCUCCCGGUGGAGCUCCCGCACCAGUUCCUGAGUAUACAGAUGAAUUGGACAAAGCCGUAAGUCCGGAAAAAGUGGAGCUGGAGAGGACCUACUUCCCCGAAACGUGGCUGUGGGAAAUCGUUGUUAUUGGCGAGAGUGGCGAGACGGCCAAGGAGGUCGAACUUCCGGACACAGUAACGACGUGGGUGGGCGAGGCCGUCUGCCUCCAUCCGGAGUUGGGCAUCGGACUGAGCCCCAAGUCCUCCAUCACCUCCUUCGUGCCCUUCUUCCUAGACCUCAGUCACCCAGCCACGGCCCGCAGGAACGAGAAGGUCCCCGUCCUGGUCUCCGUCUUCAAUUACCUGAACGAAAGUCUGCCUGUGACCGUUAAAUUGCUGCCAAGCGCCGAAUACACGUCCCCGACAUAUUCGACGAGGACCUGCGUCUCCGGCAGCGGAAAGGAAGUGGUGCAGUUCCUGGUGGUGCCUCUGGAGGCCGGGGACGUCAACCUCACAUUCAGUGCCUCCAUAGACACUGCCAAUGGAAGUUGCGGCGGGACAGUUGACGUCGAAAGGAGCGACACAGUCAUUCGCCCUUUGAAAGUGAAAUUCGAAGGAAUAACUAAAGCAUCGACACAUGGGCAUUACUUAUGUGGCAAUGACAGCGCCUUUACGUGGUCCGUCGAAAGUUAUCCUGGGACUGUCAAUGGCUCUGAUAAAAUUUACAUCUCUACUUCUGCUGACCUCCUAGGACCGACCCUUGAGAACCUGGGAAACCUGAUCCGAAUGCCUUAUGGCUGUGGUGAACAAAAUAUGCUGAACUUUGCUCCAAACAUAUAUGUGAUGCAGUACCUGGCAUCGUCAGGUCAACUCACUCCCAGCGUCGAGGCUCAGCUUCUGAACUACAUGAAAACAGAUAUACUUAACUUAAGACUGCGCAUACACUUUCAGGGCGGUGUCGAUGGUUCAGCAGCGUCGCUCGCGCCUCUCACGGCCUACGUCCUCAUAUCUCUUCUGGAAGGGAAUCUGACAGUGGACCCCCAGGUCAUAGCAAACGCCGUCGCUUGCAUCACCACAGCCACCACGAGCAACAGCACCUAUAUCAAGGCCCUGACGGCAUACGCUCUCUCCUUGGCGGGCGACAGCAGCGCCGCUGCUAUGCUCAUUUCAGAUGUGUACAACAGUCUGUCAUCAGGAAGUUCAGGGCUAUCUCAAGCUCUGACGGUUGAAGCUGCCGCCUACCUCCUUCUGGCCGUGCUGAAUGAAAGUCCAGGAUCUUACACUACCUGGGCGUCCGAUAUCGCCAAGCUUAUAUCAACUUACCACAAUGGACAAGGAGGAUUCGUCUCGACACAGGACACAGUGGUUGCUCUGCAGUCCUUCGCAGCCUUCAGCGAAGCCUUCCCGCCCACAGGAACAAAUCUCACCAUAUCAGUCACUGCUGGAAGUCAGUCGUUUGACAUUAAGAUCAAUUCAGAGAACCGUCUCGUCCUGCAGACCAGCUACUUCACGGGCGAUCCACCAUUUGACGUCACAGUGACUCCGUCUGGGAGUGGAUGCGCUCUCGUCACGAUUACCCACCAGUACAACGUCAAAGAAGAGCCAGAGAGCUCUGCUUUUAAAAUGUCUGUCAAGACGGACAGAGAAAACUGCUCAUCUAACAGUUCCCUGGAAAUUUGUGCUUCUUACACCAAUGAGGACUCCGUAUCCAACAUGGUUGUCAUGGAGAUCGACCUCCAAACAGGAUACUCGGCAGAUGAGGACGACUUGAGAGGUCUCGUCGCUCAGCAAAUCAUCAAGCGUUACGAGGUAAUUGUUUUGGUAACCAUAGUUCCUCACUGGACGAGUCGGUUGCGUACUCGCCUACCGAUCUGGUAG